AUAGUCUCUUGUAGCUGGAGACUCAUAGCUUCACUGUGAUACUUGUCUCUCAGGCUAAACUUUUAUUGGAAACUUACUUUUACCUCUCUUAACACAGCAAUAUAGGACAUAGUGCUGCAUAAUGGGGCUUCUUACCCUUCCUGUUUUUAUUUCAGUUAUGCUUUGUGUGGCGCAAGGAAGUCCCCAACUUCGAAGAGCGAAUGAUCGUCAAGGACAGUGCACCUACACAUUCACAGUUCCAAGUCCUAGGGAAGGAACCUGCACAGAACCUGGAGAAGCAAUGACAGCUAUUUGGGAACUACAACGUGAAAACUCUGCUGUCAAACAAGAUGCUGAUGCUUUGAAAAUUAGGCUGAGCUUAUUGGAGAAGGUGAUCAACAGGUUAUUGGGAGGUGAAGGAAUCGGACAAUCAACUUCUGCACCCCACUCUUUCACAGAUGCUCAGAUAGAACUGCAGAGGCUGAAGUUGGAAAAGGAUGAGUGGGAAAGUCAAAGGGGUAGUUUGGAGAUGGCUUAUUCAGACCUCCUGAAGGAGAAGUCUUCUUUGGAAGAAGAAAAACAGAGGCUAACUGAGAGGCUAGAAAAGGUGCAACAAAGGCAAUGUCCUCAAGUUGUCGAGACAUCUCGGAAUAGAGAUCAGCCAGUACCUUCAAAACAAGAACCCUCUGCAACAGGAAGUCGUGGAGUGGCAGCCAGAACAUCCUCAGUACAAAGCAGGGGUGGACCAUCUGAAUUGUCUCGCUGGGGAGCAGACGGGGUGGGGUACCAGGAGCUGAAAUCAGAGCUGACAGCACUUCCCGCUUCUAGAAUGUUACCAGAAAUUCACUCAGCAAGUCAAGGACCAGAGGACACGGGAACAGAUGGAUGUGGUGAACUUACAUGGCUUGGCGAACCCACUACUUACAGAAAGGCAGAUAAUAUAGCAGGGAAAUAUGGAGUUUGGAUGAAAGACCCUGAACCACCAUCUCCCUUUACCCUGGACACUAUUUGGAGAAUAAAUACUGUGGGGGCAGACAUACGUCAAGUUUUUGAGUAUGAAACUCUUGAUGGACUAGUAAAAGGCUAUCCUACCAAAGUAUAUGUUGUACCUCGUUCCAUGGAGAGCAAUGGGGCCGUGGUAUACAAGGGCUCUCUCUACUAUGUACGCAGAAAAUCUAGAAUAUUAGUAAAAUAUGAUUUCAAAACAGAAACGUUAGCAAUCCAGAAGGAACUUGUUAACGCUGGAUAUCAUGGUAAAUUCCCUUAUUCCUGGGGAGGCUAUACAGAUAUUGAUCUGGCAGUGGAUGAGAUGGGUUUGUGGGCGAUCUAUAGCACAGAGAAUACUAAAGGAUCUAUAGUUAUUUCACAGUUAGAUCCCAAAACUUUGGAAGCGAAGCAGAGCUGGAACACCACAAUUCGGAAGCAGUCAGUGGCUAAUGCUUUCAUGGUGUGUGGCACGCUGUACACGGUUGGGAGCUAUGCCUCUCCAACCACCACAAUCAAUUUUGCUUUUGAUACUCACACAGGUGUCCAGAAGCAAACUAGCAUCCCAUUUCAGAAUCUCUAUGGCUACACCAGUAUGGUGGAUUACAACCCUACUGAGAAAAAAAUUUAUGGCUGGGACAAUUAUAACAUGGUGGCCUAUGAUGUUAGGCUUUCCAAAAUGUGAGUAAACAUGAAGUGGAGAAUCAUAUUUGAAAAAGGCAGGGUGGGAUGACUGCAGGUUGGCAUGGGGUACAUUAGGAGGGAUGGGGGUUAGCUUUGCUGAAGAAAAAAAAAAAAAAGCCAAGAACUAAGAGGAACUACCUCUCACGCACGUCUCCCAAUAUUAUCUGUGCUUUAGCCACUGAAACAUGUUCUUCCUUGCAGUGAGGUACCAUAUACUGAAGCGUAAGUGGGGAACAAAUAAUGCUUUGUAAAGUUUGUGGCAUUAUGAUAUACAAUCAGAAGGCAGAACUUAGAGCAUAAUCAUGCUUGUAUUCGGAAUCUGAAAAGAUUUCCCCAUAGGCUAGUUAUGCCAACACAGUUUAUUGGAUACAUAUAGAGAACUGAAGGAACCGGCCACCAAGCAUAGUAUGUACUUCCAUGCAGCAGGUUUAAAUGGCAAAGUCUGUCCACUCUAAAUAAUUGCUGUGGGCAUCUUGUAUCAUCUUAUGAGUGAGUAGCACCAAAUCUUACCUCUUAUAAAUCAAUCCCUUUUAGUCAAAGGUACACAUUAUGUGAAGAUUGCCAAGUCACAAUCCUUCUUGGAAAGACAGAUUAGUAAAUAAGAAUGUGAGUCAACCCCAACAUCACUGGGAUAUCAUAACUAUCUCUGCAACUGUUAAUAGACGCUUGAAGGGGUUUUCCAAGUUCUAGAUAUUAAUAACCUAUCCUCAGGAUAGGUUAUAAUUAUCCAAUUGGUGAAGGUUCGACACCCCCUGCAGCCACCGAUGCUGGAUCUAGUACUUUCAAUGG